CUCCAAAAUAAUGUACUCCUCCCGGUUGCCGGUGUCAACCCCGCAGCCCCAACCCAUUAAGCGUCAGCACACUGCCCGGUACUACGCCCACCGCGUCAAAGAAAGCCUCACCACCCGGCUGUCCAAGUUUAUAUGUACCAUUUUCUUGGCUCUCCUUCUUGUUGUUGGUAUACUAACUUUCAUACUAUGGCUUAGUUUCCGUCCUCACCGGCCCAGAUUUCAUAUCCAUCAAUUUUCAGUACCCGGUUUGAACCAAGCAACGGGGUUCGAAAAUGCAGAGAUAACGUUCAAUGCCUCCGCCCGUAAUGCGAACCAUAAUAUCGGAAUAUAUUAUGAUCAGAUGGACGGGGCAGUUUACUAUAAGGACCAACGGAUUGGAUUAAUCUCAUCAUUGUUGCCACCAUUUUAUCAAGGGCCGAAGAACACAACAAUCGUACAUGGAUCGUUUACAGGGGCAAGCUUGACGGUAAGUAGCCAACGUUGGACGGAGUUCAUGAAUGAUCGUGCAAAAGGGACGGUUGUGUUUCGCCUAGAUUUAACGUCGGCGAUUAGGUUUAAGAUUUCCACCUGGACUAGUAAGCGCCACCGUGUUCACGCCAACUGUGAUGUUGAUGUAGGCCAGGAUGGCCUGAUCCUGGCCAUUUCUAAAGAUAAAAGAUGUCCUGUCUAUUUCACUUAGAGUUGGAGAAAUCUUUGUUUUUCCUUUUGUAAUUGAAUAUUUCUAGUUGCUUUUGGGGUUAUUGGGUUUGGUUCGUUUAUAUUUGUAUAGUGACCAGAAGUUUGUGACUUCAUUUGUUGCAUACAUAAUUAAAUUGGUUCAAAUGAUAUCUAAU